AUGGCGUGCGUCGUCGUCCCCGACGCCGCCCACACGUCGCCCUCACCCUCACCCUCACCCUCACCCUCACCCUCACCAUCGCCAUCGCCACCGCCAUCGGCACCCCGGCUCCUACGCCUCACGCCAGAAAUUCGGCUGCACCUUUACCGCUACUUGGGAUUGGCAUCGUGGGACGGCAGCCCGUAUCAGUUCGACUUGCGAGGGGGACGAGCCAGCUACAGGGAUUACGUGGGCUGCCCGCCCGACCCGAUCGACUUCCAUGGCCUUCUGAUCUCCUGCCGUACCAUCUACACCGAGGCAGCUGCCUUACUGUACUCGGCCAACAGCUUCGUCGUCCACCAUUACGCCCCUGCCCAGCUACCCGGCCUCCACGCCCUCGGUAGGCUCACCGAGCCGUCGCUCCGGUCGCUCUCCCAGCUCAAGAUUGUCCUCACCGAGGCGGCCUGCCACAAUAGAGUGACGGAAAACGACUCCAGCGAUAGUUGCUGCUGCGAAGGCCGUGAUGACUUAGGGUUGUACGACUGGUCCGCCUCGCGGUGGUGCCGCCAGAAGCAUUGCAAUGAUGUUCACCAAGCCCCGCUCCUAAGCGAUGGUGGUACAACGUCGGCCGCCGCCCAGCUCUUCUCUCGCAUUGCCCCUGGCCGCCUCGCCCUCUCGCUCGUAUGCGACAUCGACCCGCAGCACCCGCGGGCGCUCCAUCUCGCCGAGUCCAUUCUCGCGCCCUUGUCCCUCCUUCCCCGCUCCUACCUCUCCGAAUGCCGGAUUCGGCUCGCCAAGACACCUGACGGGGGACCGCUCCAGCAGCUCGCUCAAGACGCCGCUGUGCACGCCUGCGGGCUGCCCACCCCUGUUCCGCACGCCGCCUCCUCGGAGCUCGGCGCCGCGGCUACCGUCACCCUGACCAGCCUCCCACGCGAGCUCCGCGUCCGUAUCUUGGAGUACACCGACCUGGUCACGCCGCGGAGGCAGGUGGCUUGGAGCCGGCAGGACCGUGCGUACGUGCUGCUCCGCCUCCGACGCGCAAGAGACCCCCCCUAUAUCGACCUGGACGAGCUACACGAUACACAGUUCUUCGAGUGCUACCGCGGCCGACCCGAGGGCUGCUUCUGCCGGCGCCGUCACGCCGCCUUUGCGUCGCACUGCACGUGCUGGGCGCCGCCGGGGCCGGCUCUCUUCCUCGUAUGCCGCACCCUGUCCCAGGAGGCCCAGUACGUCUUCUUUGCCCGUAACCGGUUCAUCAUCCACGACUACAAGACGUACCCGGUCUGGCGGGUACCCGACGACUCACCAGAACCUAACUCGUACCGGUUCGAGAGAUUCGCCGCGUCUGAGUUCCUCCGCGAUGUGGUGCCCGCGUCCGCCCUCGCCCACCUCCGCUUCCUCGAGCUCGUUUUCCCGCCUUACCCAUCCGCCACCUGGCCCGGGCCGGAACACCCGGCGGCGCGGAACUGGCUCGCCACGGUCGCCUGGCUCCGCGACCGACUCAACCUGCCGGCACUCACCCUGCGGGCGAUGGUGAUAGACGAGAGCAACGGGACGCCGGAGCGCGCCGGCGAGGCUACGCCCGAGGAGGCAGCGGCGCUGCUGAGGGCGUACGCGGAUCUCGUGCGGCCGCUCCGGGGGCUGGCGGCGGACUUGGAGCGGCCCGGCCUCGGCCGCUUCUACGCCCACUUCCGGUACCCUGAAGAGAGGUCCUGGGAGCACCUGCCCGGUGAGCCGCGACGGCCCGGCCCGUGGUUCGACCCGUGGCUUCACAAAAAGAGCCUCAAGCAAUACCUCGAGCGCUACGUCAUGGGCGCGCGGUACGAGAGCCUAUAUGCGGAUGGCAGGAAGGAGCCGUUGCCUAGCGAUUGGGACUACAUGUCCUUUUCCCACAAACCUUUUGAACCCUCGUCGCCGUUCCGGACUCCUGGUGGACCUAGCACGAAGAUCCAGAGCCCAGUCGACUCCGCCUUCAUACAAAUUCAGCAUCUCCACCGCCGGAGUCCUAAGAAGCGCAAAAAGAAACCUUGGUAG